GAUAAAUUUAAGAAAAUAAAAAUGAGCGAACAAGCCCUCGAACUCGUAAAGAGCCUCUUCUUAGCAGUUGCUAGUAGGGAAGAAACCACUGAAGAGCAGAGACAAGCUCUAGCUUCAAUGGAUAAUUUUGAAGCAGGAGCUUGCUUCAAAAAGUUAGAUAAGGAUAACAAGGGAUAUAUUUCUAAAUCGGAUAUUAGUUCUCUCCUUACCUCUAAUGAAAUCACAGAUGUUCCUGAGGAAAGCAUCUCGCAUAUGAUUAAGUACUUUGACUCGAUGGAAAGCGAUAAGCUGAGCAUGAACGAUUUCUCACAGAUCUUAUUGCCAUGAGCAAAUGAUUAUCUUAGAAAUAGAGCUACAAACAGAAGACUUAGCCAUGAAGUAGACUCUUUCUCAAAAGAAGUUCAAGAACAACUGAGCUCCCUGAUUCAAAAAGAGUGCGAAUACCAUACUGAGGUUGAAAGCAUCAAAAAGAAAAUCUCAGAAGCAGAGAAUUCUGAUUGUAAAGAGAUUUUUAAGGCUCUUGACAAGAACAAAUAUGGAUACCUUGAUGCUUCAAUGAUUCAAGAAUUCCUCAAAAACCAAGAUUGUGAAGUAUCAAAGACGGAUGUGAACUCGAUUGUCAGAAGGUUUGACGUAACUGCUGAUGCCCGUAUUUCAUAUGGCGAGUUCGUUGAAGGAAUUACACCUGCAGAUGCAUCACCAAAGCCUUCUGAAGAAUUUUCAAAAUCUAGGAGUGCUUUUCCUUACAAUAAUCUUCGUAGCAGCGGCCAUUAUGCAAAUUAUUCUUCAAAUAUGAAAGAUCUAGAUAGAAAAGAUUAUGGAUUUGAUUACCAUUCAAGGCCACAAUACCAGCUCCACACUUAUUCCAGUCCAUCAAGAGGAGAAAGAUACCAAAGCCAAGGCUGCUCUAGCUCCAUAGCUCCUCCUUCAGAAUAUCUUGCUGCUUCAAGAAGCCCCUAUGGUCCUUCCUCUAGGCCCACUGGCUCAGCCAGUGGCCUAGCCGAGUACCAUAGAGGUGGCCAAGCACCGCAUUUUAGGAACUGUACGGGAGCAGCAGAGCCUGAGAAUAAUGCAGCUUAUCAUUCGCAUCAGCAAAGGGCUCAUUUUGAUAGAGCAGAGGAGAAGUUUAGAUACGAUGAUUUCGGAAAUAGAACAGCUGAGCCAUCUAAACCUUCUCAUAGUGGUGAGCAGAGAGACAGAGAUGGAAGAAUAGGGGAUUAUGACAGGAAUUACCAACAAAGAAGUUCUUAUGUAGGAUAUGCGGGAUAUAGAAGCUCAGAAGGGAAAUAUCAUGAUCCCAUUAAGCCUUUUGGCAGUCAAUUGCAGGACCAGAAAUAUGAAAGUCCUACUAGAAGUCCUGAUAAAUAUGGUUCUGAUAAAUACAAAGAUUCUCAAUUCAACUCUACAGAUCAGGUUUCAAGACCUGGUGUAGGAUAUUUUAGAUCUGAGAGGUCUCCUGGUUAUGAAAAUAGAAAUCAGAUAUACUCAAGCUCCACUAGCCAAAGUAUGGGAAAUAUCAGGAAUGCUCUUUAUUCACCAUCCCGUGGCUCACAUAAUAAGCAUGGUUUGAUGAGCUCUCCAUCUAGGUACCAGACAUCACCUACUUCUGAUCAUAAGAGAAAAGAUUAUCCAAUUUAUCCCGGAGGAUAUGCUAAAAUGUCUUCUUCUAUCCAUAAUGAAGAGAAACAAAACUUUAAAAGUUACGAGACUCCGAAUAGAUACAGAAAUAGACACUCUGCAGAGAGAUCUAAUUCAAGAUAUCAGCCCCAGAUAUCUAAUUAUCUAAGUCAGAGUCCUCAUAGGUAUAAUGCUGAUAUGAUUCAAAAAAGGAAUGAUUACAGUUCAACUAAUAAAGCUAGAGAGUAUAAUGCUUAUAACAAAUUUGAUCGGAGCCCAGCCUUAGGAAGUUACUCUCGACCACAAUCAAAGUACUCUUACUCUGAAUCAAGAAGACCUAGAAGUGAGUAUGGAAGAGGAAGUUUUAACAGAAGUAUGCCAACAGGAGGUUCAACAUAUCAUGGAAAAUCUGGGUCAACAAACUUUUCUAGGCCUUCAUAUACAGCUUAUGAUAAGGGAAAUAGAUACGGCUUUGCUCCCUCUGCAGGUCUUCCAUCUCAUGGCUUAGGUACAAAUCCUGGUUAUGAAAGACCUAUGCCUUCUUCUUCAGCUAUUAGGCCGCGUACACCUCCAAGAACAGCAUCCAUGGCUAACCCAAACGAAUCUGGUUCAAAAGCUAACAUGAACACACCUCCAAAGGCAUCCAAGGGGGCCUUUAACAUGGCCGUAAGUCCAGAGACUGCUGCCAAAAAUGGAGGUGGCUGGUCUUUUGUGCCCUCCCCUGAAGUAGCCAAAGCUGGUGAUAAAAACUAAAGACUCCCAAGGAACCUCAAGUCUGCUCAUAAGAAUAUAGAUAUAAUUUAUUCAAU